AUGGCUGCCCUCAGACCCCUGGUGAAGCCUAAACUUGUCAAAAAGAGGACCAAGAAGUCCAUUUGGCAUCAAUCAGACCGCUAUGUCAAGUUGAAGCACAACUGGUGCAAACCCAGAGGCAUUGACGACAGGGUGCGGAGAAGAUUCAAGGGUCAGAUAUUGUUGCCCAACAUUGGUGAUGGGAGCAACAAGAAAACCCAGCACCUGCUGCCCAGUGGCUUCCGAAAGUUCCUGGUCCACAACCUCAAGGAGCUGGCAGCACUGCUGAUGGGCAACAAGCCUUAUUGUGUAGAGAUCGCUCAUCUUGUUUCCUCCGGGAAUCGCCAAGCCAUCACAGGCAGAGUAGCCCAGCUGGCCUUCCGAGUCCCUGACCGCAACGCCAGGCUGUGCAGCAAAGAAAAGGAAUAG